UUUUGUUUUAGUGAACAAGCAGAAAAGCCCAUCCUAAACCGGCUCUUUAAAGAUUUACACAGAGGGCUCUCAUCACAUUUCCACCCCUUCAUGCUGUCCCAUGUUCGGCCAAUGGGAGGGACUAAGCGAGUGCAUCACCUCAACUAUAGGGUGACAUUUUCACACUGGUUGGAAAACGAUGAUAUAAUGGUGUGAAUGCGCAGAUUUUGACACAAAUGUUUGGAGUGUGGAUGUGGACUGGGCUGCGGCUGUAAUUAAACACGAGGGAGCUUGACCUUUCUACGAUAGCGCCAUGUCCGGUCCAGAUGAUGAGAUCGAGCCUGCAGCUGUGAGCUCAGCUGUACCGCGCCUCAACAAGAGGCGCUUCUCGCACGACCGCUAUGACCUGAAACUAGAUGAACUAGACAGCCUCCUAAAAACCACCGAGGGCCGUCCUUUUACAGUAAUUCAUCGUCUGCCUGAAAUUAAAGAAAUGGAUCUACCUUACUUAAUGCCUGAUACUCCUAUUACAUGCAGUGUGGACAACACAGAGAAACACACCAGUCGAUCAAAGGUGCGUAUACGAAACCUGUACACGGUGAAGUUAACUCAUGGACCCUUUCACUGGGUAGUAAAGCGGAAGUACAAGCACUUUCAGGAGCUUCACCGAGACCUUUACAAACACAAGAUGAUCCUUCACUUUAUGCCCACUAGAAGGUCUGAGAAGGAAAGGCAGCAGCUGAGGGUAAUGUCAGAGGAAAUGCCCAGCCUACAUGGGACAGAACGCUCUAGAGGAGCCUCAAGCAAAACGAAAUACCUUGAAGAGUACCUGAACGAUCUGCUGGAGAACGGAUUCUGUAGAAAUGAUCGCAGCAUGAUUGAGUUCCUCUCCGUCGGUGCCCUCUCCUUUGUCACUGAGCUGGGACCAAAAGGCCUGGAGGGACCGAUCAUUAAGAGGUCGGGUGGUCAUCGUGUUCUGGGUCUGAACUGCAUCGGCCACCAUCGGGUGUGUUUUAGCUGGUCGCACCGAUGGCUGGUGGUCAAAGACUCCUUCCUUUUGUAUAUGAGCCGAGACAACAGUGAAAUCAACUUCGUGCUGCUUUUUGAUCCCGAAUUUGAGGUGAAAGUGGAUAGUGCCGAGACUGGCACAGAGUACGGAGUCUGCAUUAAGAACUUCACACGGGAUUUGAUCAUCAAGUGCAGAAGCUACAGACAAAGCCAGUGGUGGACUCAUGAAAUCAACCAGCUGGCUCAGUCCUGUGACUUUCUGAAAGUCCACCGCUUCCAAGGCUUUGCUCCACCGCGAGAAGACACUCUUACUAAAUGGUAUGUGAAUGGGAAAGAUUACUUUGCAGACCUGGCUGACGCCCUUGAAGAAGCAAAGCAGGAGAUUUUCAUCACAGAUUGGUGGCUGAGCCCAGAAAUUUUCCUAAAGAGACCUGCCACUGACAACCGCUGGAGACUGGAUGAGAUACUGAAACGGAAAGCAGAAGAAGGAGUCAAGGUUUGUGUCCUGCUUUACAAGGAGGUGGAGAUGGCACUUGGCAUCAACAGCGACUACAGCAAGCGGACUCUGAUGAACAUGCACCCAAACAUCAAGGUGAUGCGACAUCCAGACCACGUUUCAUCUGCGGUGGUCUUGUGGGCUCACCAUGAGAAGAUGGUUGCCAUCGACCAGACGGUGGCGUUUGUUGGGGGACUCGACCUGGCGUUUGGGAGAUGGGACGACAGAGAGUAUCGGCUGGCCGACCUGGGUCAGGCGGAGAUGCUGAACGGGGACACGGGGGAACAUCCAAACAAAGAUGUAACUGACAAUGGUGUGGCUGAUGGCCAGAAUGCAGGUAACCAAACAAAACAGGAUCCCACAAACCUGGCUGGUAACACUAAACUGUGGCUUGGCAAGGACUACAGCAACUUCAUCAAGAAAGACUGGACCCUGCUGGACAGGCCUUUUGAAGACAACAUUGACCGCACUGAAGUUCCUCGCAUGCCUUGGCGUGACCUGUCUACAGCUGUGCACGGCAAAGCUGCCAGGGAUGUUGCCAGGCACUUCAUCCAGCGCUGGAACUUUACUAAGAUCUUCAAGGUCAAGUACAAGGAUAACUUCUACCCCUACCUUCUCCCCAAGUCUCACACUGAGGCAGACUUGUUGCCAUUUAUUGUUCCUGGAUCCCAGAAAGCCAAAGUUCAGGUGCUGCGCUCUUCCGAACGCUGGUCAACCGGAAGCUGUGAGAACUCGAUCCUUCAGGCCUACAUACACACCAUUGAGAACAGCGAGCACUACAUCUACAUUGAGAACCAGUUCUUCAUCAGCUGUGCGGAGGACAAGGUCGUCCACAAUAAGAUCGGGGAUGCAAUCGUUGAUCGAAUCCUGCGAGCACACAGAGAGCAGAAGACGUACAGGGUGUUUGUGGUGAUUCCUUUGCUUCCUGGCUUCGAGGGAGACAUUACCACUGGAGGUGGAAAUGCAAUUCAAGCCAUUAUGCACUUCACUUACAGGACUAUGUGCCGCGGAGAUCACUCGAUUCUGUCAAGGCUCAGAGAGGUGAAGGACCAGUGGACUGAGUACAUCACAUUUUGUGGCCUCAGAACGCAUUCCCGGCUCUCCGAGAAGCUGGUCACAGAGCUGAUCUACGUUCACAGCAAGGCACUCAUUGCUGAUGACCGCCGCUAUAUAAUUGGGUCAGCCAACAUCAAUGACCGCAGCAUGCUGGGCAGCCGAGACAGCGAGCUGGCAGUGCUGGUGGAAGAUGAAGAGAGGGUCCCAUCCGUCAUGGGAGGACAGGAAUACGAAGCAGGACCGCUUACGCUUGCUCUGCGCAAAGAGUGCUUCAGGGUCCUGACUGGAGCAACUUCAGACCCCAGCAUCAACAUUGACGACCCAAUCAGCGACGACUUCUUCUUCCUCACGUGGAAUGAAACGGCAAAACGUAACGCCAUCAUUUACGACAAGGUUUUCAGAUGCCUUCCCUGUAACAGUGUUCACAACUUGCUUCUGCUGAAGAACUACGGCUCUCUAGAACGCCUCUGCGACACAGACCCCGAGCAGGCGGCAGAGGAGCUGAAGGCCAUCCGAGGGCUGCUGGUUCACUUCCCGUUGAAAUUCCUGUGUGAGGAAAACCUGCAGCCUCCUCUGAACAGUAAAGAAGGGAUGGCUCCUACAGACCUUUGGACGUAACCACAUGUCUGCCUAGAUCAGGCCACUACGACACUGAUACAGUCGUUGCUAACCUGUACCUAAAUCCCAGCACACAAAACGAACUAUAACACCAGCUCCCACAUUGAAACAGUUUAUGGGUCAAGCCUAAAUCUAGUCUGGCUCAAAUCACUUAGAGUUUAGAAUAACAGACAAACCUGUGCUGGCCAGUUUAUUCAUGAUGCCCAUCACGUAACUUCUAUGAACCAAUGGUAGACGGUAUUGUAAACUCAUAUAAAUGAAUGUGUGUGACUCAUUGGAGGGCUGCGAGGUUGGACUGGUAAUCAACCAUCUCCCAUGAUCUGGGAACAUAGUGUACAUUUACGGGUGCAAGAUUUUUAUUUUUUUUUUGUUGGUGGGUGGCUCUGUCUCUUUCUCUCUCCGACGCUCUCACUCUCUCCCUCUGAGGCUUCACCUCUCACUGCAGUGCCAGGAAACCUGUCAGAACAUUUGUGGUUGUUAUGGUGACGGAUAUAAAGAGAUGACUGGAUCGCAGCUGAAAUAAAGGCUCGAUGGGGCAGAAAAGGAGAGCGCUGAUAGGAGGGAUGGCUUACUAAAUUGGGAUGGUGUGCCAGAAAAAAAAAAGAAAGCAAUAUUGCUGAUCGAGGACGUGGGGACCAGUUACUUCUGUGUCAUUUUUAUAUUUAAAUGUGAGAGAGAAAAUAUAUUUAGCUGGUGCGUCGUUGAAAUCUUGUUAAAUUUUUCUCUUUUUUUUACUGUUAUAUCCAAACGGACUGCCUGGAGUCCACCACACAACAUUCCACACUCUGUUGGCAUUCUGCAGCUACUUCCGUGUCGUGUCUAGGAGCCAUGAAGAGUCUUGUGUGUCUACCUUAUGUUAUAUUUGCUCACAGGCAUGAGGCAUUUGUUGAGGUCCAGCUGAGAAGUUACAUAAUGUGUCUGACACACUUCUUUCUACCCAACUGCUCAGAUUGAUCACUUGUUGACCAACAUGCAAAUCUCUUGGACUGGACUUUGUUUUUGUUUUUUUUAUAUAUAUAUAUAUAUUUUGUUUCCUAAUUUGGGGAAAACCUACUGCACAAUGCCUUGCAAAAAUAUUCAUAAACUCUGAAGUUUGUCACAUUGCUACAUAGGAUAUUACAUAAUAUGAUUUUAUGUGGUUUGUCUACACAAAGUAGAGGUUCUUUCAUGAAAAGUAAAAACAUUUUUAUUGUUUAAACAUGUUUAGCCACUAAAAAUGUGAAAGAACCCCCUUUACUGAUAUCCCUAAAUAAAACUGAGUGCACCAACAACUAGCUUAAAAAAUGAACUGAUUCAUAAAUUGGAAUAUUUUUGCAAGGCGCCAUGCAUUAACUGAAUGACAAAGAUGUGUUUGAAAAAUAUGUUCUUGCCCUUUAAAAUGUGUUCCUAAUUAGAUGCACACUUUUAAGACUGGAAGCUCGUCAGGUUUUUAAAUAAGAAAUUAGCGUCUUAUAUCCCUAACGGUGUGAAAAAGUCUGCAUUGUAUUUGUUUUUGUGCAUGUGUGUCCAAAGGGGGUAAACAGGAUUCACUAAUGUAACAACACCAUGUUGUUUUUCAAGUUAAAUUGUACUAAGCUGUCAGAUAAGCCCAGGUUAAGUGCACUACUUCUUGGUUUCAAACUGGUGUGAUAAAUAUGACUGACGGAUGCCUCGUGUGAACUCGCUCUACACAAAGCUCCUUUUACACAGGAGCCAGAAAAACCCAUCUGUGUUUAGACACAUUACUCUGCUGGUUUCAAAAAUAGUCACACUGUGAAGAAAAAAAACACCACUCUGAAUCUUUGCACAGUAGAAGCUGGCAUUUUUACUGGUUCUUUCGCGUAAGAAAAAAAAAAUGUUUGAAGUGCUACACUUUGUGAUAGGAAAGCAGAAAUGUCUUUAACUGACCAACAAGUGAUCUUAUAAUCAUUUUGUUUGUAUUAAACUAGGAACCAACCUUGGGAAGUCAUUUUAUGAAUGUAAUACUUGAGAAAUAUUUUUCAUUGCAUAUUAUCAAAGUCUAUAUUUACAUUUUUAAAACCAUUUUAUAUGUAGAUCUGUAGAUACGAUAAAUGAGGCACUAACACUGAGGGUAGAUAUGAUUUUCAAAUUGUCUUCCUAACUACCAUUUUUACUAUAAGCUGUGCUGUUUUUCUUAUUUCUUCAUACUUGUUUUUAAUUAAAGUUGGAUCGAUGUCUGUUCUCAUAUUGUUUUGUAAUCACUAUAAUCUUUUAAACCUCUGUAAUUUGAGAUUUCACAUUUAUUUUAACCUGCAAUAAAAAACAUGUUAAAUG